AUAGCAGAGAAAGAAAAUCAUUUCAGAGAGAGAGAGAGAGAGAGAGAGAGGGUGAAAUUGCAUUUGUAUGUUGAAAAGGAAAUAGCAAAAACAACAACAGCAAGUGAUCAAGAAAGAAAAUACAUAAAACAGAAAGAUAAUGCCGGUGAGAGUAGAAGAAACCUCCUCCUCCUCCUCCACCUCCUCUUCCUCCUCCGCACCUUCUCAACUUUCAGGUGAAAAUUCAUCAGGACACACUUCACCUCCAGUUUGUACUCUUUUGACUGUUGGACAGGCCUUUUCUGGAACCCAGAAUGUUUCUAGUCUUCAGAAGGAUGAAGCUUGGAGAGUUAAUGUUCGCAUUCAAGGAUGUGACCUUGAUCAUGGUUACCUAUGUGGUACUAUGGAAGCCCUUAAUGUUCCUAUGGCUGACACUCCCGUUUAUGGUGGUCUGGUGAAUAUGCAGAAUGUACUUGCAGUUAUGUUUACUUUGUUUAGCUAUGAUGUGUGUCAGGUAGUAACUUUUUGGGAAGGAGAAAUCGUUGAUGGCAAGAAUUACACUUUCUUCACUGGCAAAUGGGAAGCUUCGUCAGAAGAUGAUAUAAGGCACUGGACUAAGUUUCCGUCUUUCCAACCAUUUCUGGAAAAAGUGAAGGUUGAUGGUGGCAAGUCUUUGGACUUGAUUAGCUAUCCGUACAUAUUUAUGAGAUGGAAAGAGCAAUACUUUGUCAACGUUGGAACAGACUGUGGGUUGACCAUAGCUGGUUUUUACUAUGUUUGCUUCUCUUGUACUGAUGGUUCCAUCAAUGGCUUCUACUAUGAUCCUAACAGCAGCCCGUUUCAGAAGCUUGAACUGAAAUCCACUAAUGAGGGAAGAUCAGGUUUCAGUUUUUCAUCUUAUGAGUUACAGUGAAGUAGAACUAGUGCAACUGAAUCAAGGAUUAGCACCUGGGAAUUUGUUGAAUUGAGCAGAGUUUCUUGAACCACAUCUCUGAAAUCUAUAGUGCUCUAUCUGUAAUAGUAACAAUACCUGUCCAUGCUGCUAAGAAAUGCUCACCAUGGACUUUUAUCAUCUCAAACUGAACAAGUGACUUUGUGUUUGGUCAUGGUUGGUUUGUGAGCAUUAUAAACUGGUUUGGACAGGAUCUGUAUCUGAUCAAGAAAAUUUUGUUUUUAAGCAUCUGCAUCCUGAGAAGGCAGGUCUUGGAUGGGAUACAAUGAACAAUCAAAGUUAUGUAUUUGAAGCAGUCAAAUUAGCAGAUGAUCGAUGCUUUAGCUUCAUAAA